AUGCUUUUCCUCCCAGCUGCUGCUCUGUGCUGUUUGUGUUCAGCGCUGGUUGCCAUGGCAGCACAGCUGAUUCAGAAGGAUUUAACAUUGACCAGGAGAGCUGGUGAAAAUGUUUCCUUCAGCUGUCGAGGAACUGAGCAGUGUAGCAGUCUUAGGAUAUUCUGGUACCAGAAGAAAGACACAGAUGUAUUCACAUUGAUUCUUGAUAUUAACAGUAAUACUGGUGAAUUGAGGAAAGGUUUCAAUCACCCUCAGAUAAAUGAUUUCUCAUCUGUAAAUAAAUCGAACGGCUGGGAGUUGCAGAUCCAGACAGUUCAACUCUCACAUUCAGCCACCUACUACUGUAACUGUGGGAUAAACUGGUACGACAUCUAUGGCUCUGGCACUAAACUGUUUGUAGAUGAGCAGGUAGUGAAGCCCGUGGUGAGCGUGUACCCAGCAGCAUCCAGAGCCCACCUGGAGGGGAAGAGCUCCCUGCUGUGUCUGGCCUCAGGCAUGUCUCCUCCUCUGGUCCAGUUCUCCUGGAAAAGACAGAAGAAGAACGGCCCGCUGGAGGAUCUGACCGCUGCUAAGUUUGAGCAGCUGGAGCUCAGAGAGCCGGGACGCAGCGCCUCCAUCCUGCUGCUCCAUCAGCAAGAGGACAGCACAUGUAAAUACCGCUGCUACGUCAAGCACGAGGGGGGCACAGUGGAGGCCCAAACAGAACAAGAGGUUCCAGCUGCAGCAGCCUCCUGUCCUCCAGAGAGAGAGCCAGCAGACAUGCCAGCUCUGCAGCAAGCUGACUUGCUCUUCCAGUCUCAGUGCAGGGUGCUGCUGCUCUGUGUGCUGUACACAGUGCUGAUAGUGAAGAGUCUGGUGUACUGCUGUGGACUCUCUCUGCUGAUGAUCCUCACAAACAAGGGACCGUCCACCAACUGCACACAUGCUGACUGA